AAAUAAAAAAAUUAUAAGAUUAGGAUCCCUUGUUCUGGCUCCGCAGUUACUCUUUAAACAGAAAAUCUAGGGUUUAAAGAGCUUAAAAUUCAGAGCUUUUUCAAUUGAAAAUCUAGGGUUUAUAAUUUUUGAAGCUUCCAUUUCAAUCAAAUCUUUCAAGGGAAACAAAGAAACGUGAGCGAAGAUGAGGAUUAUGAUAAAAGGAGGAGUAUGGAAGAACACGGAGGAUGAGAUCUUAAAAGCGGCGGUUAUGAAAUAUGGGAAGAAUCAAUGGGCUCGGAUUUCUUCUUUGCUUGUUCGUAAAUCUGCUAAGCAAUGUAAAGCUCGUUGGUAUGAGUGGCUGGAUCCUUCCAUCAAAAAGACUGAGUGGACUAGAGAAGAGGACGAGAAACUGCUUCAUCUUGCUAAGCUCAUGCCAACACAAUGGAGAACGAUUGCUCCAAUUGUUGGUCGGACUCCAUCGCAAUGUCUUGAACGGUAUGAGAAGCUCCUUGAUGCAGCCUGUGCUAGAGAUGAAAACUAUGAGCCAGGUGAUGAUCCCCGGAAAUUGCGCCCUGGAGAGAUUGACCCAAAUCCCGAAUCAAAGCCUGCUCGUCCAGAUCCUGUUGAUAUGGAUGAGGAUGAGAAGGAAAUGCUUUCUGAAGCUCGUGCUCGGCUUGCUAAUACUAGAGGCAAGAAAGCGAAGAGGAAAGCUAGGGAGAAACAGCUUGAAGAGGCCAGGAGACUUGCUUCUUUGCAAAAAAGGAGGGAGCUUAAGGCUGCUGGAAUUGAUACAAGGCAACGGAAGAGGAAGAGGAAGGGAAUUGACUAUAAUGCUGAAAUUCCUUUUGAGAAGAGGCCUCCUCCAGGCUUUUAUGAUGUUGCUGAUGAAGAUAGACCUGUAGAGCAGCCUAAGUUCCCAACUACUAUUGAGGAACUUGAGGGAAAAAGAAGAGUUGAUAUAGAAGCACAGUUAAGAAAGCAGGAUGUUGCGAAGAAUAAAAUUUCACAGAGGCAGGAUACUCCAUCAGCAAUAUUGCAGGCAAACAAGUUGAAUGAUCCAGAAACGGUAAGAAAGAGAUCAAAACUUAUGCUGCCAUCACCCCAGAUUUCUGAUCAUGAAUUGGAGGAGAUUGCAAAGAUGGGAUAUGCCAGUGAUCUUCUUGCAGAGAAUGAGGAACUGGCUGGAGGGAGUGGUGCAACUCGUGCUCUUCUCGCAAAUUAUUCUCAGACACCACGUCCAGGAAUGACACCUUUACGAACCCCACAAAGAACACCAGCUGGAAAAGGUGAUGCUAUUAUGAUGGAAGCUGAAAAUUUGGCUAGGCUGAGAGAGUCCCAAACACCAUUACUUGGUGGAGAAAAUCCAGAGUUGCACCCUUCAGAUUUCUCAGGGGUCACACCUAAAACACAGAUCCAAACACCAAAUCCAAUGUUGACUCCUGCUGCAACUCCUGGAACUGCAGGUCUUACGCCUAGAACUGGAAUGACACCAUCAAGGGAUGGCUAUUCUUUUGCUUUGACCCCUAAAGGAACUCCUAUCAGGGAUGGGCUCCACAUAAACGAAGAGAUGGACCUUCAUGACAGUGCCAAACUUGAGCAGCGGAGACAAGCUGAUCUAAGAAGGAAUUUGCGAUCUGGACUUGGUACUCUUCCGCAGCCAAAGAAUGAGUACCAAAUAGUCAUUCAGCCACCCCCAGAAGAUAAUGAAGAACCAGAGGAGAAGAUUGAAGAAGACAUGUCUGAUCGGAUUGCUAGAGAAAGGGCCGAGGAAGAAGCACGACAGCAGGCAUUACUUAAGAAGAGAUCAAAAGUGUUGCAGAGGGAGCUUCCGAGACCUCCUAGUGCCUCUCUGGAAUUAAUUAGAGAUUCUUUGAUGAGGACCGAUGGUGACAAAAGUUCUUUUGUUCCCCCUACUUCAAUUGAGCAGGCUGAUGAAAUGAUAAGAAAAGAGCUUUUGUCCUUGCUGGAACAUGAUAAUGCUAAGUAUCCACUUGAUGAAAAGGCAAAUAAGGCGAAGAAAAAAGGUGCCAAGCGUCCUGCAAAUGGAUCCAUUCCCAGUAUUGAAGAUUUCGAAGAAGAGGAAAUGAAAGAGGCUGAUUCUUUGAUUAAGGAGGAGGCUGAAUUUCUUCGUGUGGCAAUGGGGCAUGAAAAUGAAUCUCUUGAUGAUUUUGUGGAAGCACAUAAUACUUGCCUAAAUGAUCUCAUGUACUUCCCUACUCGUAAUGCUUAUGGUCUAUCAAGUGUUGCUGGAAAUAUGGAGAAACUUGCAGCCUUGCAAACUGAAUUUGAAAAUGUGAAAAAGAAGAUGGAUAAUGAUAAGUCGAAGGCAGAAAGCAUGGAGAAGAAGUACAAUGUUCUCACACAGGGUUAUGAGAGACGGGCUGCAACUCUUUGGCGUCAUAUUGAGUCUACUGUUAAGCAGAUAGAUACUGCAGGAACAGAGCUAGAAUGUUUUCAAGCAUUACAAAAGCAGGAACAUUUAGCGGCAUCACACAGAAUAAAUGGUCUCUGGGAGGAAGUCCAGAAACAGAAGGAGCUUGAACAAACCUUACAAAGACGCUACGGGAAUCUCAUGUCUGAGUUGGAAAGGAUGCAAAGACUUAUGAAUGUAUAUAGAGCACAAGCAGAAAAGCAAGAAGAGGCAGGUGAAAAGAAUCAUGCUCUUGAGUUGUCUGAGGCUGCAGCAAGCCAAGUUGCUGUACCUAGCGCAGGACAUUCAGAGCCUGCACCUUCCUUGGAGCAUCUUGACUCUUCUCUUGAUGGCCUACCAAGUGCAGAAGUUGAUGUGAAUGCUGAUUCAGGAAAAGAACAUGCUACUAUGGAUAUUGGAACAGAUGGAAACAUGCACAUAAAUGAGGCAUUGGUUGUGGAAGACAAAGGAGAUGAUAUCACACAGACAAUUAAUAAGAUGAGUGGGGAUGCUGCUACAAGUUCUGAGGUUGCUACAGAAUCUAUAAAUCCGGAUUCAGUCUCUACCAAACAGGAAAGCAUCCAAGAAACGGUUGAAGCUACCGAGGUUGACAAUUCUUGUGUCUUGGGUGGAGACACUGCUGAAAAUCAAACUGGAAUGGAGGAAUAGCUUUUUGAGCUCUGAACAAGUAUUGAGUUUCAUCAGACAGCAAGAGAUUAAAGCCUUAUACAAUGAGUAGUAUUGGGGCAUUUGAUGGAACCAUAUCUGCUUCUCUAUUUUUAUAAAUCAUGAAAGUGUUACAUGGAUUCCAGCUAUGUUCAGAGCUUUUUAUGUUGUAUUUCUUUGCAUCACUGUAUUUUCCAGUGCCAGAGUUUUUUGUCUCUUAGAAGAAACCUGGAAAAGAAAUACCGGUAAUAUGAAACAUGUGAUCAUUAUAAGAUUUGAAUAACUGUUGUAGUUUUUUUGGGGAA